AUGGCCGUCGUUGGCAUGGCUUGCAGGCUAGCCGCGCCAAGCGAAGCAGACGCUGAUUUGGACAAAGCUGGCUUCUGGCAGCUUCUUCUUGAUGGCAAGUCUGCUGUUCGGCACAUCGAUCCUAGCUCCUUCCAUGCUGAAGCCUGGGUGGGCCGCGGCCCAGGUACCAUCUGCACACCACAAGCGGCCACUCUGCGAGACAAGCACAUGGUGGACUGGAGCUCUUUUGGAAUGACCAAACGAGAAGGGCGCCGCGUCAACCUGGCCACUCUGCUCUCCCUCGAGAUCGCACUGGAAGCUUUGCAAGACAGCGGCAUCAAGACGCGCGGCGCUCCUGUCGGCGUGUUUAUCGGCGGCUCGCCGACGCCAGAGCCGUUGCUGCAAGAUGAAGCUUACCAGGCAGACGAGUACUAUCAGACAGGGCGCACCGCGUGUAUGCUCGCCAAUCGCAUCAGCCACGCGUUCGACCUUCGAGGCCCAAGCUGCAAUACAGACACUGCCUGCUCUGCCAGCCUCACAGCGCUGCAUCUCGCCAUCAAUUCUCUGCGCAACAAGGAAUGUAGCGCAGCCUUGGUUGCUAGCGCAAAUCUGAUGCUGCGCAUCGAGGACAUGAUCGGCUUCACCGCAGUGGUCAUCAAGCCGCUCAGCACAGCUGUGGCAGACGGCGACUUUGUCUACGCCACCAUUCUCGGCACGAGCAUAAACUCGAACGGUCGCUCUGCUCUCUCGCUCGCCAGCCCAUCUGGCCCUUCGCAACUGGAGUGCAUCGAGGCUGCGUGGCGGCAGGCCGGCUUGAGCCCGUCUGUCGUCGACUAUUUGGAGCUGCACGCGACCGGCACUCGCGUUGGGGAUUCGAUCGAGCUCAAUGCCGCUGGCCCCUAUUUCUGCAAUGGCCGCGCAUCGCGACCUCUGACGAUUGGCUCUCUGAAGCCAAACUUUGGGCAUACAGAAUACGCUGCUUCACUCGUCUCGCUCAUGAAAUGCGUCAUGAUCCUGCGUCAAGGAGUAGUUCCGCCUCAAAUCAACUUCAAAACUCCAUCCUCGCGAAUCAACUGGUCAGCUUUCAAUGCACAUGUACCCUCAUCUGCUGCAGGACUUACACGAGCAGACAAGCACCUCGGAGUGGCCGCGCUGACGAGUUCGGGAUUUGGGGGCGCAAAUGGGCACGUGGUGCUCCAAGAGUAUCGCAACGAUGCUCUGCAGCAUCGUGAUAGCGCGAGUAGUGCCCGCGAUCAAGUCAAAGACUCGGCUCACACCAUGUCAUACUUCUCUGCGCAGUUGGUGCAAGAGUACUCCAAUGUGCAGCAGCCAGACGUCUCGCAGACGCAGCUGGCUCUCAGUGUCGCUCGCAGAGCUAGACAGAUGCCAUGGAGGUGCUACUACGUGUCAAAUGUGAUCAGCAACAGUCCCAAAUCGCUGACGAGCUCGAUGGUUUCUCAUGAAUCUGUAGAAGGGCCGCUGCUCGUGUUUGCAGGCCAAGGUCCGCAACAUCAGCACAUGGGUAAAUCAUUGUACUCCACUUACUCGGUCUUCAAAAGGUCCAUCGAUGAGCUCGACGAGAUUUACAAGGACAAGACGAAACGAAGCCUGAUUCAUGAUUACGGUCUUUUUGGCGAUUCAAAGGCUACCGUUGCCCUCACGGAAGGCGGUGUGUGGCCAGUGCAGAUCAUGUUACCAGCUCUAGCCGCGCUUCAAAUGGCGCUCUUUGAUUUGUUCAGUAGCUGGAACCUUCGAGCAAGCGCAGUGAUGGGUCACUCGGCUGGAGAAACAGCUGCCAUGUAUGCCUGCGGAGCAAUCUCUCGCACAAUGGCCAUGGAGCUUGCCAUUGCAAGGUCCACGGCUAUGAGCUCUGUGCAGUCGCGCGAACAUGGAAUGGCGGUGGUCCACUGCUCGGCUCCUACAGGUCAGCGCUUACUAGCGCAAUGGCGUGCUUCGAAGGGCUCUGCGCAUUUCACAAUCGAUCUUGCGGCCUUCAACAGCCCGGAGGCUCUUUUGGUAUCCGGGCAUCGAGCAGCUCUCGAAGAACUCUGCUCGGACGCAAAAGGCAGAGGCUUCUUUGCAAGGGUACUGCCCACCGAAGUUCCCGUUCAUUCUUCCCUCAUGGAGGCUUGCAAGUCCGAAUACCUCCGAGAGGUGACCGCGAUUUUUGAUCGCCACGCACAGCAUGGCAAGGCUGCCGCAGCAUUCGCACCUCGAAUUCCGUUUGUGAGCACAGUGAGCGGCCAAUUUGACUGCGGGCCUUUUACGCCUGCCCACGUUUGGCGUAAUGCACGUCAUGCGGUCCAAUUUUGGCCAGCUCUGGCUUCUUGGCGGCGGGAGCAUGGCCCAGAGUCUCCGAAAGCCCCGAGAAUCCUCGAGAUGGCGCCGCAUCCUGUACUCUCCGCCUACAUAGGCGCGUGCGUUUUGGACCAUCCUGCCGCGCUGUGUCCGCUGCAUCGAGCCAAGGCUCACACAGAUUCCGAGGCGGUCUUUGUCGAGGAGCUACAAGCGCUGUAUCGCACCACUGGGCAGCUCCUGGUCGACGGCCACGACCUCGACCUUGGGCAGAUAUUUGGAGGUCAAGCCACAGAUCUCGUCAAACAUCCGCGUCAUCCCCUUGUGCGGGAAGAGCGUCCUCUGCUGCUCGAUCACACCGCCACACGCGACGCUCAUCGAUCUGCGAGUCGCCCAUUGCACGCCCAACCUGGCGGGAACCUUUUGCUCAGCGCGGACACGCACCCAGACUUGGCCGAUCACGUCAUUCGAGGCAGCCCUAUUUUACCUGCCACAGGUGAGCAGCGAAAGCGAAAAAUCCAGCGACUUUUGACGCAUCGCUAA